AUUUUCAACCGUAUCUGGGAGAAACAGUGCGCCAUUGUUUUCACGCAAUCUUUGUAUUUUCUGACUUUAUUGCACUUUAUUAUCAUGCAGUAACACACUGACAUAGUGACUGAUGUAUGUCAUCAAGAAACAGAGACCCUCCCCUCCAAUUCCGAACACAAGUGGUCACAGGAGACGCAUUUAAGUGACCAGGUGUAAACAGCGGUGUAUUUCACCUGACCACAUGUGAUCGGAUCACCGCAUCGUAAUAUCAGAUGGAAACAGGGUCUUUGAGUUUGUUGCAGUGGUUCAAAACAGUUUUUCAGCAAAACAUUGUGCCAGUUGUUAAACACCAUCUCUGCUGCCAUUGGUCCACAUGACAGUUAAAAGCUCUACAUGAGAACUGUUUGCAGCUUCAAAUGCAACAUCUGCAAGAACUGUGCAUGGAAAGCUUAGGGCAAAAUUCAUCAGAGAUAAAUCAAAAUAUAUUGAUUUGUCAGCUCCAGGAGUCUCAACAACAAACCGAAAAAUAUAAGCUCAGCUUAGAAGCACAGGCAACAGAGAAAGAUGAAUUUCAGAGAAAAUUACGAGAUAUCCAAGAGAGCCAUGAUGUUAAGAUGAAGAAAAAUAACAGGAAGCAUGAGGAGAACCUGUCACAGAUACUGCAACAGCAUGAGAUGGAGAUUAAUGCACUGAAGGAAACAAUUACAUCAGUUGAAGAAAAGGCUGCACAGUAUCUAUCAGACCUCAACAACUUAAAGUCCCAGAGGACAGAUUUGAACUCAGCCUUAAAGGAGCUUCAAAUGAAAUUGGAAUAUUGUGAAAAAGAAAAGCUCACACAGUGUGAACCUCCAAAGUUUUAUUCUGUUGGAAAUUUGCAGUUGUUAUCCAAAGUUAAACAGAAAGUUCCUGAUACAUUUUUCACAUUGUUUGAGCAAGUUGCUGUCUCUAAAGUUUGGCCCGAAAAGGAAUGA